AUGAGUGGCCUUCCAAGAGAAGUUAUCAAAUGGCUACAAAGUCUAGAUCUCACUCACCCUAUAAAGAACGUUAGGCGGGAUUUUUCAAAUGGCUAUCUGGUAGCUGAGAUAUUUGCCUGGUAUUAUCCUCAUGAUUUACAAAUGCACUCAUUUACUAAUGGGACUUCUGUACAAGCUAAACAAGGAAAUUGGCAACAGCUAGAAAGGUUCUUUACUCGUGAGAAGUUAGAUAUUUCUAAGGACUAUAUUGAAGGGACUAUACAUUGUAAACCAGGAGCAGCUAAAUUACUACUGGAAAGAAUGUAUACACUAUUAACUUUAAAAGAAUUGAGAUAUGUACCAUCUAAAACAACUCCUGAAGAUUUUACUGACAGUACAUAUCAAACUCAACUACCACCUUAUGCUAGAUCUACUACUUCACAGGCCAUUAAAACUAAUAUUGCUAACAGUGAACUUGAAAUGGAGCCUGAUCGAAUCACUUGCAUGAUAAAGUUGUCCUCAGCCUGGUUGUGGGCGUGUCUAUUCUAUCCCAUCUAA